AUGAAAUCAGACAUGUCAGAAUCUAGCGACAUGGCCACAACAAAUAUUUCAGUAUACGAUAAAAAUGACAAAAAUAAUAUCAAAGAUGGAGUGUCUUUCGAGAAGCCAAUAAUUUAUAGUGAGGUGGACAUUGAGUCAGGGGCAAAAGAAAGUUCCUCUCGAAACUUGAAACAUGGACUUCAAUCACGUCAUAUCCAAUUAAUUGCAUUGGGUGGAACCAUAGGUACAGGUCUCUUCGUCGGUACCUCUUCAACGUUGGCAAAUUGUGGACCGGCUGCACUGGUUAUAUCAUACAUAGUCAUUUCCACAAUUGUAUAUCCAAUUAUGAACAUGUUCGGUGAAAUGGUCUGUUAUUUGCCCGGUAAUGACGAUGACGAUGAAUCUGUUGGUUACUGUGCCUAUCUGGUCUCCAAAUAUGUGGAUGAAUCACUAGGUUUUGCAACAAGCUGGAAUUACUAUUACUGUUUUAUCGUUCUGGUAGCAACUGAGUGCACUGCAGCAAGUUCAAUAGUAGAGUAUUGGACGUCCAAAAUCCCUAAAGCUGUACUUAUAUUCCUAUUUUUGGGUGUUAUCUUUCUUCUAAAUUUUUUACCAGUCAAAUUCUAUGGUGAAGCUGAAUUUUGGUUUGCUAUAAUUAAAAUAUUUUGUAUAACUGGGUUAAUUAUAGUUGCUUUUGUCAUAUUCUGUGGUGGAGCACCCAAUAAUGAAGAUAACUCAUUUGUUGGUUUCCAUUACUGGAAAAAUCCGAGUAGUUUUAGAGAUUAUGUUACGAACGGCAGUCUUGGUAACUUCUUGGAUGUUUAUAAUGCAUUGAUAAAAGGCGCAUUCGCAUUUAUUUUGGGGCCUGAAUUGGUGUCCCUGACAAGUUCUGAAUGUGUAGAUCAAAGAAGAAAUAUUGCAAAAGCAUCAAGGCGAUUUGUUUAUAGAUUAAUGUUUUUCUAUAUUUUUGGUGCAUUAUCGAUUAGUGUCAUUGUACCAUAUAAUGACCCGACGUUGCUAAACGCAUUAGCAUUGAAUAAACCCGGCGCAGGCUCGUCUCCAUUUGUCAUUGGUAUUCAGAAUGCUGGAAUUACCAUUCUACCUCAUAUUAUUAAUUUUUGCAUAUUGACAAGCGCUAUGUCAGCUGGUAAUGCAUUUUUAUUUGCAAGCACAAGAGCUUUACUAACAAUGGGUAAAAAUGGGAGUGCACCGAGAAUAUUUAGUAGAAUAAAUAGACAUGGUGUUCCUUAUGUUGCAUUGUCACUAUCAAUCAUGAUUGCAUGUUUGGCUUUUCUGAACUGUAGUGCUUCGUCGGCCAAAGUCUUCCAGUGGUUUUCUAAUAUUAGUACUAUUUCCGGGUUUAUUGGUUGGUUUACAGGAUGCAUUGCAUAUCUAAGGUUUAGAAGAACAAUCGAUUAUAAUGGAUUAUAUGAUAGAUUGCCAUUUAAGACAAAGGGGCAAGUGUACUUGACCUGGUAUUCCUUCGUUUUUGUCGGAAUAUUGAUAUUGACUAAUGGUUAUAUGUAUAUUAUACCAAAGUUUUGGAAUUACCAAGAUUUUAUUGCUGCGUAUAUCACGCUGCCAGUAUUUUUAGUAUUGUAUUUCGGUCAUAUAAUCUACUCUGGAAGGUGGAGACAAAGAAAAUGGUGGAAGCCAGUAGAUGAAAUAGAUGUUGUGACAGGCCUAGAAGAAAUAGAGCUGAAGACAAAAAUCGCUGAUGAAGAAAGACAGGGACACUCCGGUAGAUUUGCCAAAUGCCUCGAUUAUAUAUUAUAA